AUGGUGGCUAAAGUGCACGUGGACAGAUCAAAGAAGAUCGCCCAACUGACGAAGAAGUCUUCGACGGUUCGUCGGAGUCGUGCAUCUCCGCGACUUUAUAUGAAGGGUACCCUGGCUGGUUACACCAGGGGACUUCACGGACAAAACAAGAACACAGCCCUCAUUCGCGUUGAGAAUGUUAACACAAAGGAUGACGCCGCCUGGUAUGUUGGCAAGCGUGUUUGCUAUGUUUACCACGGGUACAAGGUGAAGCGCUGUGUACGCUGGUCCAAGGCUCCGGCUCGCCGCAGCAAUACUCGCGCCUUGUGGGGUCGUGUCACCAGGCCUCAUGGUGGUUCUGGUGUAGUGCGUGCAAAGUUCUCCACCCCUAUUCCAGCAUCAGCCAUUGGCCGAAGGAUCCGAGUGUACUUGUACCCAAGCCGCAUUUAA